CAUCCCAAGAUCAUGGAUAAACCAUCGAUCAACUCAGACUUCAGCUAUAACUGGCUGAAGAAGGGGCUGCUGAAUGCCGAGACAGAGAGCAACAUCCCAGCCAUUCAGGACCAGUGCAUCAGAACUCGUAACUAUGAGAAGUACAUCCUGAAGCUGGAUGUGGAAGACCGCUGCAGAUGCUGUCAUGGACCACUGGAAACGGAUGAGAAUAAUGCCAAUGCUGAGUACAUCAAGAUGGCCGAUCAAUAUGUUCCUGUCCCUGGUGGUACAAACAAUAACAACUAUGCAAAUGUUGAACUGAUCCUGGAUAUAGCCAAGAGGAUGCAUGUGCAAGCUGUUUGGGCUGGAUGGGGACAUGCCUCAGAGAAUCCAAAACUUCCCGAGCUCCUUCACAAGCAUGGUGUUAUAUUUUUGGGACCUCCAGAGAAGGCAAUGUGGGCUUUGGGAGACAAAAUUGCUUCAAGCAUUGUUGCACAAACAGCUGACAUCCCAACACUUCCUUGGUCGGGUUCUGGAUUGAAAGCUCUCUGGAAUGAGAAGGAUGUAUCCAAACGCAGGCUGAAGAUAUCAUCAGAGUUGUAUAAGCGGGCUUGCAUUGAGACUGUGGAGCAAGGACUGCAAGCAGCUCAGACCAUUGGUUACCCAGUCAUGAUUAAAGCAAGUGAAGGAGGUGGUGGAAAGGGGAUUCGAAAAGCACUCAACUCUGAUGACUUUCCUAAUAUGUUCAGACAGGUCCAAGCUGAAGUACCUGGCUCCCCAAUAUUUGUGAUGAGCUUGGCAAAGGGUGCUCGUCACUUGGAAGUCCAGAUCUUAUCUGACGAGUAUGGCAAUGCUAUAUCUUUGUUUGGGAGGGACUGCUCCAUUCAGAGGCGACAUCAGAAGAUCAUAGAAGAAGCUCCAUGCAUUAUUGCUAAACCAAAUGUUUUUGAACAAAUGGAAAAA